AUAACUACCACACCUUCUUGGCAACAAUUCUAGGCUCCCGAGAACGCCCUCCGGAUUACCUUUCGUUUUGACCUACCCACCAGGUAGAUCCUGACGGAUAACAGUGACGUAUUACUUUUUGUACAGAAAACCCGCCUUUCUGAUCGGCAAGGAAAACUAGGCUGGAAAGUCGGAGUGGGGCUGUCCUAAUAUUUGGGCAGAAUCAGCUGAACACGAGAUUGGCAACAUUGGAGAAGAAGUGAAGAAGAGCUAAGAGAAACAGAGCGUUGUCGAGGUUGAUUUGGGAUCAAAUUGGGCGUAUCUCCCAUUGGUGAGGCCCAUCGUUGCUUUGAUCAUGCCCCCGGACCGCAAGACAUUGGAUAAGAUGGACAAGGCGUCUGAAGAGGACAAUUUCAAGGUCUGCGGCCUUUGCUCGCAACUGGUGGACGAAUCGGUUCAACUCAACGCCAAACUUCGUUCUUUUCUUUUGCACUAUCUCUCCUUGACUUCAAAUGCGUCGUUACCCACGAAGAUAUGUACGGAUUGCUAUCAAGGGGCCUUCGAUUCGCUCAAUUUUCGAGAUCGAUGCAUGAAGGCUAUUCUGAAGCUGAAGAGUAAUCGUAUUUCGGACGCUAUGAUUCUGGGUAAAUCUAUUGAAGAUAAGAAGGCAAUUGAGGCCAUGGAUUUACCUGUGCCGCCUUUGGUCCAGCCUCGCGCAAUAGGAUCUGAUUUUUCUUUUGAAGCCAGGCAAAAGGCUGUGUCCAUGACCAACGGCCGGGCGAACUCUGCCAUUAUUAUUUCUGAGAACGAUAAAAUCCUCGCGGAUCAAGCUUUGCGUUCACCUCUUGGUACCAUUUCGUACCGGAAGAAGAAGUCGACCAUUCCGCCAAGACCCAUGCCACCCAUGCCCGCAAAGAAAGGUGUCGCUACGAAACCUAUUAGUCAGAGUGGUUCUAGAUUCGUACCCGCCGAACCGGCAACGGUGCCACAUGCCAAGCCCGAAGGUGGAACAGUAUCUGCUUAUGGGCGUGUCCGGAAGCCACUUGCCAAAGGUUACGUCUAUACUGAGGACUUUGAAGAACCCGAAGAAUCUGUACCAACUCCAGCCCCAGUUCAAACCCCAAGGCCGGUUCCACCCGCACCAAGGCCUAGAGGUAGACCUCCAAAGUCUGCAGUAGCUAAUAAACGGCCAAUCUCUCCGGACAUGUAUCAGCCCAACAACAAACGACCCAAAACCACCUCCAAACCAGCGAGCGCACCUCCAGCCGAGAAGAAGAGAAAGAAGAAGAUCGGUCCGAAAGGUAGCUACUACUACGUUGGAGAAAACGGUAAAGCAAAUGAUUCUCUUGUCGAAGUGGAUGAAGAUGAAAGCGCGGAUGAGGAAGAGAUAUUUCCAAGCAUUGGGCCCUACCAGUGCGAGAUCUGCCAAGAUAUCACUAACACCAAGCAAGAGUUUGUGGACCACAUCAAACGGCUUCAUCGCAAUAUCGUAGACGAGGAAGUGCUGAAAUCGUUGGAAAAUGAUCUCAAGAAGUCUAAGAAAGCUCAAGAAAGAAAAGCCAAAGCAGCCCUAAACGCCAAGGCUCAGUUUGGAGGUCCUUCGCCCAAUACUAGCAAGUCCAAGAUACCUCCGACCAAGAAAACAACACGGGUGCCUGAUGUUCAACAAAGUUGUGAGUUUUGUGGCACUGUAUUGCCUCAUCCUCGAGAUGUAGCACGACAUCGAAAAACGCCGUCGUGCAUAAAAAUGCAACGCAAACUGGCACGGGCCAAGAAAGCCGAAGGAGCAGCGGCACAAGCCAGCAAUUCAACCGCAUUUGCUCCGACUAGCUCAAAGGCAAUGUCAUCAAGCAAACUGGAAGACAUUUCAAAAGCAAAGGCCAACAAAACGGCGCCUUCCCCUUUAGCCGAUGACCCAGGUCUACCCGCGAGACCUGGGGCUAGUGCAAAUGCGGGAAAUGCUCAUCAAAAGACCCACUAUAAACCUAAGGCCAAAGUUGCUAAACAAUACGAAAUGGAAAAAGGGAUCACGAGUAGGGGUCCGAGUAUGUCACUCGCUCAGCCCAUCUCAAGUACAACCAAAUCCUCGUUAACUACAACCUCUAAACCUGCAACCAGUGUGCCUCAGAAAAUGUUUCAAACAACAUCCCAGAAAAGCACGAACUUGAUCCCCAAGGCAAAUGGCUCCACUUCAGAAGUGUUUAUCUCCUCAUCGACCGCACCAACAACCACAACCACCAUCGUCAUCAAUACUUCGGAUGGCGGUAACUUGCAUCCAGAGCAUUUCACGUCGUCCGUCACAGAGGAGCCAGUGACGUUCAACAUGGGCACGAACAAUGCCCAUCUCAUUUAUCAAGACAGCAAGGUGGCCUCCGCCGCGUCCCACUUCAAGCACCCAACCGUUCAACAGACGUUGUGUCAGCCAGUAGUGGAAAAACACACACUACCCAAUCUAUCCACGGCCGUUUGGGAGGAACCGAUCCUCUCCUCGUCGACCAUGUCAAUGGGCAAUUCCACCGUGACCACGACACUCGAUUUGUCGGCUUUGGAAACGGUUAGCUCGUCGCACUCUCUCUCGCAUCCUGUAAUUCUAAAUUCGAAUCAUCACCAUGUGGUUGUGAGCGAUGUGAAUCCAUAUGGUAUGAUUCAAACUCCGCCUUCCUCAAACCAGCAGACCCUUCAAAACUUUCCGCACAUUUUCUUUUGAAAAUAACCUAGCGCCUGGGUUACAGUGUGCCAGUUUAAUUUCCUGCAUUGUGCUACUCGAAAAAGAAGUGUAUUAUUGUAAGAUUGGAUAAUAUGAAGGGCUACUUUUGAUUGA